CCGCGUGACAAUCUCAUUUUUUGGUCCAGUCGCCAUAUCAUCCGCCAUUACAUUUUGGAGUUUGCGUAAAUUGGUCGUUGCAUUGUCAGCGCGUCUAACCACAAAGACUUAUCAGUGACAUUUAUAGUGUUCGUGCGUCGUAUCGCAGCGUUUCGUUACAACAAAGAGUAGAGACGUUCAAUCGUAUGUCCAUCCAGAAUCUCAACACAUUCGACCCAUUCGCCGAUGCUAUCAAAAGCUCGGAAGACGACGUACAAGAUGGAUUAGUCCACGUCCGAAUCCAGCAACGGAACGGGCGUAAGACGCUAACAACGGUGCAAGGCCUCUCGUCAGAAUAUGACCUGAAAAAGAUCGUGCGGGCAUGCAAGAAGGAGUUCGCGUGCAACGGAACGGUCGUGGAGCACCCGGAGUACGGCGAGGUGCUGCAGUUGCAAGGCGACCAACGCGAGAACAUUUGUCAGUGGCUCACCAAAUCGGGACUCGUGAAGCCCGAGCAACUCAAAGUGCACGGCUUCUAAGCCGCAUCACCGACACGUAACAUGUCCAUCGCCGUGACAUCAUCAUAGUUCUUCUAAUAUUAUGAGAGCGUGCGCGUUAUAACCCUAUCGAAUAUGUAUUUAGAAAGUACCGACGUUUACAGAGACCAUUGGAUUGAGGCCAUACGGCCUCUCGCGCCCUGUGCCUUGCUGUCUCCCUUAACUUAAUGUAUCAUAAAUGUAAUUUUGAAUAUCGACGCCGUCUCUAACUCGGACAGCCUUAGUUGCAAUCAACGCCGAACGAAAUAGUCAAUAAUCAUUUUUGUUUUUUACGACAUUAUUAUAAAUUGCUGUAAUAAUAAUAAUAUGGUGUGUCUCAAUUAUUAAAACAUGUUUUUGUA